ACACUGAGAGCCCCGGGGCGGGCAGAGCCCUUCGGGACCGGAGGCGAGCGGAGCCCCCGCGCUGUGGCGGGGACACGGCCGGUGCCGCCCCCUCAGGACCCGGUUUGGGGGGGACGUUCCCUCACGCGGCCUCUUGGGGUUCCCGGCCCAGUCCCCACGUCCCCAGGGCCCGGCUCGGCCCUGCCUGUGACACCCUCAGCGGCUCCUCCAUCCCUGAGCCCAAAGUGCCACCACGGUGCCCUGGCGGGAGCGACACGUCCUGCCCCUCCCGUGUGUCCCCAUGUCCCCGUGUGCCCCCCCAGAGCCGGGGCCAGCCGUGGGGCCGGACACCCCGCGCCUCAGCCCUUCCUGCCCCUGUCCCCUCCAGCCGUGUCCCGCCUGUGUCCCUCGGCCGUGUCCUGCACGUGUCCCUCCGUCCUCGCCAUGUUCACCUGUGCAAAGUUCGUCUCCACUCCUGCGCUUGUGUGGAGGAGCUCGCGGGUGCUGGGCCAGCCCCUGUCGGCCGCAGCGCUGAGCAGCCCCGAGGCCCGGCCGGAGCAGACUGUCCUCCAGGUGUGGCCGGGAGCCGCCCGGGCCCUGCGGACGAGCGCUGCCCAGCGGGACAUCGACACGGCCGCCAAGUUCAUCGGUGCCGGCGCUGCCACCGUGGGGGUGGCCGGCUCCGGGGCCGGCAUCGGCACCGUGUUCGGCAGCCUCAUCAUCGGCUACGCCAGGAACCCCUCGCUCAAGCAGCAGCUCUUCUCCUACGCCAUCCUGGGCUUCGCCCUCUCCGAGGCCAUGGGGCUCUUCUGCCUCAUGGUGGCCUUCCUCAUCCUCUUCGCCAUGUGAGCAGCGGGCGGCGGUGACAGCGGCGGUGACAGUGACGGAGCUGUGCCCGGGGCCGGUGGCCCCGUGCCCAGCCGGGAGUACCGGGGGCAGGGAAUAAAGACGGUUUGGUGACAGUCUGA